CAAAUGUGUGCCAUCAGUGGAGAGCAGUUUGACAAGAGUCUGAUCUCGGCCUGUGCAUGCAUCCUCAGAUCUCUCGACGUCAACUCAGUCACUCCAAAGUUCAUUGAGGCGCUUGCAUCUAUCCUCAAGAUGUUUCUAAUCGAGACUGCCAGCAACACUCGGCGUUAUGCCGAACACGCAAACAGACAAUCGCUUCUGCCAGAUGACAUCAUAGCUGCCCUGGUGUCAAUCGGGUUUAAUGUGAGUGCAUUACCCCAAUACUACCAGCAAACCCAGCAGAAGUGUCUAUUGACUGGUUCUAAGAUGCCGACUGUGAGUAACCCGGAAUUAGAGGCCAGGCAACCGGACCCGAAGAGACUGAAGAUUGGAAAUCAAAUAGAGAAGCCUCCUUUCAUUCCCUCUUACAUGCUUCCUCUACCUGAGUCAUACACCUUUGCUGAGACAAAAACGUUCGCAAGAAUCAACGACAACUACCGCAUUAGCCGAGAACACUAUGCCACUCAAAGCCGAACAUCAGACAGCUCCCUAAUUGCAAUUCACCUCAAACAUUUCGCAUCAAGUGCAGCCAGUGUGACUGGCUAUGCUAAAACGCAGACGCUCUUUCAUUCAGAUCAAAAUCAAUUUCAACUUUUGAGUGCAGACGAAACUACUCCGUUGCAAAGUUUUCAUGCUAUUUUGGAGACCAGCGAGGCCCCUGUGUUACCUGAUAGAAGAAGAAAGCAAAAACUCCCACUUCGUAACCCGACCCGGCACCUGACUACAGAGCAAAGGGGCCCUCUCUGUCCCAUUUCUAGACUGACUGCUGAACUGGAAUCAUGAGCCAAAUUCGAGCCAGGACAUCAAUAUUCUAGCAACACGGGUGUUGCCGACGAUGAGCUUCCUUCUCUGCUGGCGUCCUUCGUUUCAAUAUGAGAUGUCACACUUUCCUCACUGGCUUCUGGGAGCAGCACCGCACCAUCUCCGACAAUAAUGAACUACAUCGACGUGGGUUGCUUCCGCUUGAAUAAGCCUGACAUACCA